GUGAGCUCGCUGCGGUUCGGGAAGGAGGUGGACAGCAAGUGUCUGAGCCUGACGGCGUCGUACGUGCGGGCGCAGCAGCAGUGGGACAGCGCCAUCCCCUCGUGCCGCUUCUUCGAGGAGUUCGAUGCCCAUGGGCGGCAGGUGCCCAUCCCCUUUGGCGUCUACAACCUGGAUGACCUCAAAGGGUACUGUCGGCAGAAGGGCUGGUGCCCCUACUUCCUCGCCCGCUACUCGAUCCUCCACGCCAACAUUGUUGUGUACAGUUACCACUACCUGCUGGACCCCAAGAUCGCAGACCUGGUGUCCAAGGAGCUGGCCAAGAAAUCCGUCGUCGUAUUUGACGAAGCUCAUAACAUUGACAACGUGUGCAUCGACUCCAUGGGGGUGAACAUCACGCGCCGGACGCUGGAUCGCUGCCAGGCCAAUGUGGCCACGCUACAGGCCACCAUCCAGAAGAUUAAGGAGACGGAUGCCCAGAAGCUGAAGGAGGAAUACAGGCGGCUGGUAGAGGGACUGAGAGAGGCCAACGUUGCCCGGGAAACGGACAUCUACCUGGCCAAUCCGGUGUUGCCCGACGAGAUUCUCCAAGAGGCCGUGCCUGGGAACAUCCGGACAGCCGAGCACUUUGUGGGCUUCAUGAAGCGCUUCCUGGAGUACCUGAAGUCGCGGCUGCGGGUCCAUCACAUGGUGCAGGAAAGCCCCCCCUCCUUCCUCAAGGACGUCUUUGAGAAGGUGUGCAUCGAGCGCAAGCCACUGCGGUAAGCAGCUGGCCUGGGCCCGG